AUGGACAUUUCCAACAACGACGUGACGAGCUCUCCCGCCCCAACGGGCGGCCGGCGCAAAUCAGGACGCGCCGUGAGAGUUCCUGAGAAAUUUGUGCCAGAUGCACCAUCUUCCCAGGCUGCUCCGACAAGCGCGAAGAGAAAGAGGGGAGGAGAGGACGUCGAGAAUGUCGCGUCGGAUAGCGAAGAUGAAGCAGAGGCCAGCGAUGCCACCCUUGAGAGCGCCGACGAGGAGGAAUUGAGAGAGACGCGGAAAAAGGCCAAGACGACGAAGAAACCCGCCGCAAAGAAGCCAAAAGUUAAUGGCACCGCACUGCACGAAAACGCUCCUGCUGUUAAAUUGCCAAACCGUCCAAAGAAAAUGAAGAAAGUAGUGAUCAAUGAUGAUAGUGCAGAAGGGCUUUAUGCUGAGGUGUUCACGAGUGGUGAUAGUUUAGAGGAUGUCGCAUCAAUAUGGCUAGGCAGAUUCAAAGAGGAGAACGUAACAGCAAUGGCUGAGCUGGUCAAUUUCAUCCUGAACUGUGCUGGUUGUACUAUAGAGAUCACUGCCGACGACAUCAACGAUGAAGACAAUGUUGAGAACAGACUAGGUGACAUACAGGAGGAAUAUCAAGCGCAAAAUAUCACCGAUUACCCCCUUGUCUCGAAGGCCAGGACCAAUCAUGCAUUUCGGACAUCUCUCAUAUCUUUCUUCGAAUGUCUAAUCAAGGCAAUCCACGAGUCUGGCCUUAUGUACGGAGAAACUGCCAUCAUAGAAGCGAUGCAUCUAUGGCUUGCCACCAUGUCCUCAUCCACUUCACGUCCAUUUCGACAUACCGCCACACUCAUUGCACUCACCGUGACAACUUCUUUGUGCACCGUUGCCAAAAAUGAGAUAGAAACUGCUGCGAAGGCCCUGCGGCAGCUCGAUGGGGAGAAAAAGAAAAAGUCGGUUAAUAAGGCAAGACUUGCGGACUUUCAAAAUAAAGUCACUACCAAUGAGCAGCAUAAAGAGACGGUUGAAGUUCUCAUCAAAGACUUCUUCGAUACCGUUUACGUUCAUAGAUAUCGAGAUGUUGAUCCAAAAAUCAGAGUAGAGUGCGUCGAGGCUCUUGGCAAUUGGAUUUUGGAGUUACCAGGUAUGUUCUUGGAUGGAGAGUACUUGCGUUACAUGGGUUGGAUGCUAUCAGACACGCAUGUGGCCAUGCGACAGGAAGUCCUUAAACAACUGACGAAAGUCAUGAAGAAGAACGGAAACGAGGGAAACUUGGGCGGAAUGCAUCAUUUUAUUGAGCGGUUCAGGCCACGUAUGGUUGAAAUAGCGGCCCGUGACGCUGAACCUGUAGUUCGAGCAUCGGCUGUGGAAUUAAUUGAUAUGAUUCGAGAAGUGGGCAUGCUGGAACCUGAUGACAUCGAUGUCAUCGGUAGGCUCAUUUUCGACACAGAGCCAAUGGUCCGCAAGGCCCUCGUUGGAUUCUUUGCGGCGAACAUCAAAGAUCUGUACGAAUCCAAAGUGGAAGAUUUGGGUGGCGAAGAGUCUCUUGAGGACGUUUUGACUGUCGAAGAUGAAGAUAACUACGAUACGCCUCGCCCCGGGUGGAUUAAGUUGAAGUGCUUGGCAGAGAUUUUGCUGAGCUACGACUUGGAAGACCAAGACGAAAUGCCAAGCCAAAUCGAUGCUGCCGAUUAUCUGGAUGUUUCAGGCAACGAAUCGAGGUUUACUCUGGCUGCACUAGCACUUUACGAAAAAGUUGUGGAGCUCAAAGAAUGGGAGAUGCUUGCUGGUUAUCUCUUAUUUGACCACUCGUCGAGAAGUCGAGGUACCGAUACCGAGGUUGCGUUGAAGGAAUCAUUCAAACCAAGCGAACAAGAGGAACUCGUUCUGUUGGAGAUCCUCAACGCUGUUGUCAAGCUUAGUCUCAGCCAGUCCGAAGACUCCCACAAGGCGAAGAAGAGGGGUGGUAGGAUAGAAACCUCGGAGACAAGAGAAAUCAUGGCUCGGCAUCUGGCAAGCCUCAUUCCAAGGCUACUAAAGAAAUUUGGCGCGGAUCCCAAAACAGCGACGGUUGUGUUGCGCUUGGAGCAUGUGUUGAACUUGGGAGUUUUUCAGGAACUUCGACAAGACUCCACAGCCUACGCCAAACUUUUGGACGAAAUCAGCACGCAAUUUAGUAGUCACGCUGAUAAAGGUGUUCUCAGUGAAGCAGGAGCCGCACUACUGCAUGCUCGGGGAUUCGAAGAAUUGGAGGAGGUUACAGAAACAAAAGUGCAGGGCUUAUGGGAGAACACGAUCAAUGCUCUACGAAAAAUAAGCAAGGCAGGAGAGAUGGCCGUUCGGGGUGGUCUGAAGAACAAGGUCCUCACAGACUUAUCACACACUCUUGCAAGACUUGAGCAGCUCGCUAGUAUCUCGAAUUGUGUGGAACCGUUGGAAACCAGUUCAGGCAACGACGGUCGUCUUCCUAUCAACAUCCUUCUUGAUAUUGUCGCCAGAGGAGUGUACGAGGAUUUAAAUGACGAGAGUCUCGAUACCUUGGAGGAUGAUAUUGCCAUCUCUGCUAUGCGUUCAGCUAUGUUCUACUUCAUGUGGAAGAUACGGGACUUGAUGGCGACCAUAAAAUCUGGCGAAGACAUUCCGGAUAUCGAAAUCGACCAUCUCAGAGAGUGGCAGGAUUUGUUAACGGCGAAUCUAACCGCGUCCUUUUCUUCUCGGUCGUCACUUGACCCGGUGCGUUUACUAGGUGCUGGGACACUUCUCGAUAUGCAUGUGCUAUUCUCCACCCUGAUCCCCAAGGCAAACGCCAAGGGCAAGAGCGCGCAAGUCCAGAACCCCGAAACAAUCGCCUACCUGCAGACUCUUGUGAAAGAGGUGGCGCCGGAAGUGCAGAGAGAGCUGACGGUGAUAUUCGAUGCGCUUGAAAAGCAAUAUGCCAAGAGGAGCAAGAAGAAGCUUGCGGAUCCAUCUGAGGACGAAGAGCCUGAGGAUUUGGACUCCGAAUCCGAGGAUGAAGAUGUCGAAGCUGUAACAGACAGUGAACGCCAAAGCGAUAUGUUGAAGGCAGAAAAGCAACUUUGUGAGCUCACUGGUAAACUUGUUCUUGCUAUUCUUGCGAAGGUCAUUGAUGCUUCCGGUCCUCUGAAGGGCAAACUCAAGUCACGUAUGCUUCGAAAUCAACAACGAUUGGGGCCCAAUUUCAGGCAAGUCUUGACCUAUCUCGAUGAUCCGAAGCCGAAGGGCAAGAAAAGUCAUAAGAGCAAGGCCCAGCAAGCAGCAGACGCGGCGAAGAAAGCUGCUAAAGAGAGGAGUGCAAUUGUCGAGGAGGAGGAAGAAAGCGAUGAUGAUCCUUUCGCAGAUGAUGAACCAGAAGAGGGCACAGCGGAAGACCUGAGAAGGAGAGAGCUAGUAGAUGAUGAUGAGCCACAGAGUCCCGAAGAAAACGGAGAACCUGCUGCUAUUGUCGAAGAGGAUGAAGACGAAGAUGAUGUGAUGGGAGAUUAG